CAAGUAGGGGACAUAUGUCAUUAUAAAACGCUUAAGGCUGUUUGUACAUCCUGUUUCAGUUUGUGAAACCUAAGAAACAGAAAGUAUCAAUAACGGUUAUACAGUGGCUGUUUCAGUGGAGCAUUGUCUUAAAUGUCUUAGCUUGUAUGCACUGGUUUAAUAGCAAGUUGAAUAGUGAGUAGUAAAUUAUGCGUUCUUCUUGGUGGGUUUACAAACCAGUAGACGACUGUAUAGGUUGUCCCUGAGGCAGGGAACUAUCUUGUGGAUUAAUACUCUUCGGUGCAGUCACCUACCGGCCUGCCGACGUGGCGGGGCGGAAGAGGAGCCGCAGCCUGCUGGUACCAAACAAACGGAUCACCAUGUCCCAGGCUGACACAGACCCCUCUGCUGACAUCAACCCUCCACCCAGCCAGCACCCUCACACCAACCCUGGCUCCUGUCAGGAUGUCCCAGCAGCCUUUGCUCCACCUUCAGCCCCUCUGCAUUCUGCUUUGAUCCCUGAGAGUUUUGAUCUCCCGCAGUCCACCAGCGAGGAGACUACAACAGAGGACAUGACCGCCGAGUCUAACACUUCAGAGGGUCCGACUGACCAACCACAGCCUGCCGCUGAGGGUCAGGUGAUCAUAUGUGACCAACCAGUGAGUCUGGAGCCAGACGCAGAGUCUGCAGAGGAGGAUGUGGAGACACUUCCGGAGAAAGAGAAAGGUUGGGGAGUUUGGAGUUCAUGGGGAAAAUCUCUUCUGAGCAGUGCCACCUCCACAGUGGGUCAGAGCCUGACCUCAGUUAAAAAGGCAGGAGAAGCUCUGCGUCUCCACAGGACCUCAGUAGGAGAGGAAGCACAAGAAGAAGAGGAGGAGGCAGCGGAGGAGGAGGAGAAGAAAGAGGGAGGAGGUGAAAGUGGAGAGACUGAGCUGUCCAGCUCUGGGGAGUCUUCUGUUAGUGCUGCAGUUUCUAGCAGGGGCGUCUUCUCUACUAUCACACACGCUGUGCAGAACACAGGUAAGUCAGUGAUCAGCGGAGGCUUGGAUGCUCUGGAGUUUAUUGGAAAGAAAACUAUGACUGUUCUUGCUGAGAGUGACCCGGGUUUCAAAAAGACCAAGACCCUGAUGCAGAAGACUGUGUCACUGAGUCAGAUGUUAAAGGAAGUCAAAGAGAAAGAGCGGGCCCGUCUGGGCAAUCAGCCAAUCAGUGCACCCACAGCUCACUAUGGUAUUCUGUUUGACAACUACCAGGGCUUGUCGCACCUCGAGGCCCUGGAGAUCCUGUCCAAUGAGAGUGAGGCCCAGGUCCAAGCCUUCCUCUCCUCCCUGGUGGAAGAGGAGCAGGACGAGGUGAAGAAGGAGCUGAUUUUUAUUAAGGACAUCUUCAUGAAGGGAGAGGAGGAGGAAAAAGAAGAAGAAGAAGAAGGACAACAGACGAAGGAUAACGGUGAUCUAAGUUCACAAUUACAGUGUUCUACCCCCUUAUCGGCCGACGGCGAGGAGUUUGUGAGCGUUCUCACCGAGCUGCUGUUUGAGCUUCAUGUUGCUGCAACGCCAGACAAACUCAACAAGGCUCGGAUCAGGGCCCAUGAUUGGGUGAGCGAGGUGGAACAGCCUGUCACUACGGAGACGGUUGACAGGGAAACGCCACAGAACCAGCCGGCAGGAGAGGCCUCACCUGGAGAGAACGAAGAGGAGGAGAAGAACAAAGACGGAGAAGAGCAGGGGGAGAAGAAGAGCGAGGGGGAGGAGGAAAAGAAGGAGAAAGAGAGCGACCCCAGAUCUGUAGAGGCUGUCUACCUGUCAUCAGUUGGCAGUCUGGCAGAAGUGACUGCUCGCAGUAUCGAGCAGCUCCACAAGGUGGCAGAGCUCAUCCUCCACGGCCAGGACCUGGAGAAACCAGCCAGAGACCAGGCACACAUCCUCACCAGGUUGACUUCUGCCAUGUGUAAGGAGGUGGAGUGUUUGGCCAAGAAGUUCUCCGAUACACUGCUUCUUGUUGGGGGCCAGAGGAAAGCAGAGGUGUUGAAUCCGCUGCUAGAUGAGGUGCUGUUAGAGGGCUCCAACAGUACCAACUACAUCGAGAACGCAUUGCAGCUGCUUCUGCCCGUUCUACAGAUCUCCCACAUCCAGAGCCAGCACUGUCAGUCCACCACAGAACCAGCAGCACAGACACAGCACUAACACACACACACACACACACACACACACACACACGCACACGCACACGCGCACACGCACACGCACACUAUCUAGCUAUCUAUUGUUGUACAGAAAAGUAUAGAGAAUAGAUUAUUCCAGAUUAAGUGCUUUAAUCUACAUCCAGUGCCAUAGCAUCAGGCAGAAGAUGUUUUAUAUAUAUACAUAAUGUAAUCUUGAAUCUAAAUAACAGUUUACCAAAUAGACACGUGUAGAAAUGACCCACGUGUGUGACUCUUCCACGUUGUAUCUCUGAAUUUAAUUUUUUUACUCUGGUGACAUUUUGCUUUGCAAAGUUUAACGGUGUUCAGAGCUGAUUCAAGUUUAGCUGCGACUCAUUCUAUCUGACAAAACAAAGAUGUUUCUGUAUCGUCUCCAAAGACUGAACCAAAAAAUCACUGAUUGUGUUGACUCUAAUGCAACGUUAAUGUAUAUUAAGCUUUUUUUGCACUCCUUAUGGUUCUUUUUCAACAUAAAGAACAUUUGAGUAACACUAUUGAAACGUCUGAAAUGUUUUUUAAUCUGGUUUGAGACAAAAUGCCAGUAUUAGUGAUUGUACACAACCAGUUUUGCUUCUUAUUUUAAUUUUUAUGUUAAAUUAUAUGAAGUAACACUACAUUAUAUUUCAGUCUUCAGAAAAAUCUGAUCUGCAUAUUUUGAAUGACAAAAUAUUUAGUAAUAUUUUAUUGUGUACAUUAAAGAUGUAAUUCAUCUCUAAUUAUGUUUUGUUGUGCUGCUACAUUUAGGUAUAGUUAUAUAGUAUAUAAUGUUACAGUUUGACAUUUUGGGAAAUUUGCUUUUUCGCUUUCUUGGCAAGGGGGGGGAAAUAAGAAAAUUCUCCAAAAUGUUGAACUUUUCUUUAACAACCAAAUGACAUGUCGUGCGCUUUGUUGGAUCCUAAUCUGAACACUUUGAAGAAGGCAUGAGUGGAAGAUUUUAAUUUCAUAUUGCCCUCCUGAAUAAAGGCUCUUGAUAAAUGUUUUGCAAGGUUCUAAACUUACACACUUCUUGCUCCCCAGAGGUAUAUAUCUCGAACAUUUUCCACUAUUACUAUUUCUUCUCUGUUCUUCGACCACCUGUGGAGUUUCAGCAGCAAUCCCAAGAUGCUCACAGUGCAUCUGUUUUUAAAUAUCCAAUUGGCUCUUAGCUUCCAGCCGGCAGAUCUAAGGAAGAUAUAAAGUACUCUCUUCCCUCCUUUACUUCUAAUUUUUUCCUUUUAGAGAUACAUUGAUGCAGGCAAGGAGGAUAUUAAGCAAAUAAAUGUCUUGUAAUGAUUUAUCUCCUUUGAGCUAUAUCCAGAUGAGGUAGAGCCGUUCAUCAGCCUGUGCUUCUGCCUUAGAAUACAAAAUGAUUUAAUGCGAAAUUUAAGACUGUUUACUAAUUUAUUUACAUUCUCUUCUAAUAAAGUACCCUAAGACUGUUUGAGAAAUGUUGAAAAUAAAUACGUUUUAACAAUCUU